AUGUCCGCUCCCCAUGAAUACCACCAGCCAAAUGCGCCAGACGAGGACUCGGACCUCGAACUCGACCUCGAAGAACUCGACCCUCUCGCCGGGCGCCCCCACCCCGCAGCCUCGUCGCCGCCGCGCCGCCAGUCGAAAGAGCAGCGACGGCCCUACCACGAGCUCGGCGCAAGGAUUCCCCUCCGCAACCUGCGUGCAGGCAGACUGCGGGGGGAUCGGAGGGGAGAAGAGCGCGAGGAGGAGGACCUGCGCGGCCUGAUGGACGACGACGACGACGACGACGACGAGAGGGAAAACCGCAACUCGGCCGGCAGCUUUGGCCGUUCGGGCGACGACGACGCCCCGCUGCUGCCCGCCAGCACCGACCCGCGCCGACCAGGCCAGCGCAAGCCGAGCGCCUUGUCCAAGCUGAGCGCUGCCCUGCGUCUGCCGAGCUUCCUCGCAAAGCAGGACGUCGGCGCCAUACACCUGCGCGACGGUGCGGGCGACAACGACGCCGACAACGACGCCGACGAAGAACACGACCCUACCACCCAGCGCACCGUCUCUGUCGGCGCGCUCCAGACAUCCCGCUUCCCCGCAAACGCUGUUUCCAACGCCAAAUACACCCCCUGGAGCUUCUUGCCGCGCACCUUGUACAACGAGUUCUCCUUCUUCAUCAACAUGUAUUUCCUGCUGGUAGCCGCUUCGCAGAUGAUAAAACCCCUCCGCCUUGGCUACCUCUCCACCUACAUCGCCCCGCUGGCUUUCGUCAUCACCAUCACGCUGGGCAAAGAGGCCCUGGACGACAUCGCGCGGCGGCGGAGAGACGCAGAGGCAAACUCGGAAGCCUACACGGUGCUGAGGUUCGAAGAGAACAGCGUGGGCAACGGUCUUGCGCCAGGACAAGCCUCCAGCAGGAAGAAGAGGUCGCGAAAGAGCAAGAGCAAGAGGGAGAGGGAGACGGGCAGCCUGGCUGACAUGGCCGACGAGGAGCAACGGUUGUCCACCAAGGGACUGGCCACCUGCACCUACUUCGAGCUAGUCAAGCCGUCCAGGAACUUAAAGGUGGGCGACGUCGUGAAGCUCGGCAAAGACCAGCGAGUGCCCGCAGACAUGGUCGUGCUCAAGAGUCUGGCUGCCGACAACGCACCCGCGUCCGCAGAGCCGACUCGAAACAACCAAUCAGCUUUGCCCAUCGACGGAGAGGACGGCGAUGCGUCCCAAGCCGAGACUGCAAAGCUGGAAACCGCCGUUUCAACAGGUCCCUCGGGUGAAGCUUUCAUUCGCACCGACCAGCUCGACGGUGAGACGGACUGGAAGUUGCGUUUGUCUUCGCCUCUGACGCAAAACCUCAACGUUGGAGAAUACACCCGCCUCCGCCUGGUUGCCGGCAAACCAGACAAGAAGGUCAAUGAGUUUUAUGGCACCGUCGAGCUGCAGCCGAAGCGUCCACAGCAGUACGAUCCCCACGAGGCCGAGCAGUCGUCCAGCGACGAGGUUCAGUCUGCGCCCCUCGGCAUUGACAACACCAUCUGGGCGAACACGGUGGUGGCCUCAAGCUGCACUCUGCUUGCUGUGGUCGUCUACACGGGCCCGCAAACACGACAGGCUCUGUCCACAUCGCCUUCACGGUCCAAGACGGGGCUGCUGGAACUCGAAAUCAACGCGCUUACCAAGUGGCUGUGUAUCUUCACUCUCUCGCUGUCUUUCAUUCUCGUCGCUCUCGCCGGGUUCAGGGAGAUUGAGGGCCGCGUAUGGUACAUCAACAUGAUGCGGUUCCUGAUUCUCUUCUCUACCAUUGUCCCCGUCGGUCUGCGCGUCAAUCUCGACAUGGGCAAGUCAGUCUAUGCGUGGUUCAUCGAGCACGAUGAAAGCAUCAAAGGGACCGUCGUCCGAACGAGCACGAUUCCGGAGGAUCUAGGACGAAUUGAGUAUCUCCUGAGCGACAAAACGGGUACUCUGACCCAGAAUGAAAUGGCAAUGAAGAAGAUCCACGUAGGUACGGUGUCUUACGCCAAUGAGGCCAUGGACGAGGUCUCUUCGUACGUCCGACAGUGCUUUACACCACCUGCAGGUGAAGCACCGUCCCUGGUAACCCCGUCCUCAGCCUACACUGUACCCCUCACUUCGGCCACCCGCACACGCAGAGAGAUAGGAUCCCGAGUCCGCGAUGUGGUGCUGGCGCUGGCCCUAUGCCACAACGUCACCCCGACCACCGAGGAGGAAAACGGAGAGAUGAUCACCACGUACCAGGCUUCGUCUCCGGACGAAAUUGCCAUCGUUCGCUGGACCGAGGCUGUCGGGCUGAAGCUGCUCCAGCGCGAUCGAGAAUCCAUGACACUGCAGUCUUGCGACAGCGGCAAUACCGUUGUGCGGGUGCGGAUCCUCAACACAUUUCCCUUCACGUCAGAAGGCAAAAGAAUGGGAAUCGUAGUGAAGUUCUACCACGGCCCGGCGUCGUCGGCUUCAGAUGAGGAUGGUGAGAUCUGGUUCUACCAAAAAGGCGCCGACACGGUCAUGACCUCCAUUGUUGCCGCCAAUGACUGGCUCGACGAGGAGACUGCGAACAUGGCCAGAGAGGGACUUCGAACUCUAGUGGUGGGACGUAAGAAGCUCUCCGCUCAGAGCUACCAAGACUUUUCCAGCAAGCUCGCACAGGCCUCACUAGCCUUGCAGAACCGCGACGCAGGUGUAGCAGAUGUGGUCAGCGAGUAUCUGGAGCGCAACCUCGAACUUCUCGGCGUGACCGGUGUCGAGGACAAGUUGCAGAAAGAUGUCAAGCCCUCGCUCGAGCUUCUACGUAACGCUGGCAUCAAGAUCUGGAUGUUGACCGGCGAUAAAGUCGAAACCGCUCGCUGCGUGGCCGUAAGCUCCAAGCUCGUCGCACGAGGCCAAUACAUACACACCAUACAGAAGCUGAAGCGUAAAGACCUCGCUCAUUCGUCCCUCGACUUCCUCCGCGGCAAGACUGACGCCUGUCUGCUCAUCGACGGCGAAUCUCUCGCGCUCAUGCUGACCCACUACCGUCAAGAAUUCAUCGCCAUCGCAGUCCAACUCCCCACCGUCGUCGCCUGCCGCUGCUCGCCCACUCAAAAAGCCGACGUGGCGCGCCUGAUCCGCUCCUACACCAAGAAGCGCGUCUGCUGCAUCGGCGACGGCGGCAACGACGUGUCCAUGAUCCAAGCGGCUGACGUGGGCGUGGGCAUCGUCGGCAAAGAAGGUCGCCAAGCCUCGCUCGCCGCCGACUUCAGCAUCGAGCAGUUCUGCUACCUCGUCAAGCUGCUCGUCUGGCACGGCCGCAACAGCUACAAGCGUAGCGCCAAGCUCUCGCAGUUUGUCAUCCACCGCGGCCUCAUCAUCUCCAUCUGCCAAACCGUCUACUCCAUCGCCACCGCCUACGAGCCCAACGCCCUGUACAAGGACUGGCUGCUCGUCGGCUACUCGACCAUCUACACAAUGAUGCCCGUCUUCUCCCUCGUGCUCGACCGGGACGUAGACGAGAGCGUCGCAAACCUCUACCCAGAGCUCUACGCAGAGCUGAAGACCGGCCGCAGCCUCAGCUACAAAACCUUCUUCAUCUGGGUCGCCGUCUCCAUCUACCAAGGCUCCCUGAUCCAGGGGCUCUCGCAGCUCCUCGUCGGCGUCGGCCCGGACAAAACCCUGGUCUUCAAACAAAUGGUCGCCGUCUCCUUCUCCGUCCUCGUCCUCAACGAACUCGUCAUGGUCGCCAUGGAGGUCACCACCUGGCACUGGCUCAUGGUCGCCAGCAUCCUCGGCACGGGCGGUAUCUACGGCGCCUCGGUUCCCUUUCUGGGCGGCGCAGAUGGGUAUUUCGAUCUGAACUACGUCGCUAGUCUGGCGUUCUGGUGGAAGGCGGCUGUCAUCGCUGCUGUUUCCCUUUUGCCGCCCUACGCGGUUAAGAUCCUUGGGCGCACGUUGAAGCCGCCUAGUUAUCGCAAGGUGCAGGGCGUCUAG